AUGACUGUUCGCCAACAACCUCGAAAAUGGUGGCAGCUACAGUGGUUUGCAGAGAGCGAUACCAAAGAAGAAAGGCGACUCAUCCUCAAGCUGGACUUGUUGAUUGUCCCUUAUGCAUUCCUGGCAUAUUGGACAAAGUAUAUUGACCAGGCGAAUAUCAAUAAUGCCUACGUUUCUGGUCUGAAAGAAGACCUCGGAUUCCAUGGAAAUGAGCUCGUCCAGCUUCAGACCAUGUACACUAUUGGUGCUGUGCUCGGUCAAUUACCCUUUGCAUAUCUGUUUACCAAGCUGCCAAUGUCGUGGAUUAUCCCGUUCAUGGAUGUUGCAUGGGGUAUUUUCACACUGGUUCAGUAUCGUGCUACUUCAUUUGCCGAGUUAGCUGCGUAUCGCUUUUUGGUUGGAUGGUUUGAAGCGGCUUUCUUCCCAGGAAUGCACUAUAUCUUCGGGUCGUGGUAUCGAAGCGAUGAAAUCGCCCGCCGUGGGGGAUGUUUCUACGUCGGUCUCACACUGGGUACUUUAACUGCAAGCCUGAUUCAAGCUGGAGCAUCAAGCCGUCUGGACGGCGUUAACGGACUUGCGGGUUGGAGAUGGAUGUACAUUAUAUGUGCUAUCAUCACCAUUCCCGUCGCCAUAUUGGGUUACUUCAUUCUCCCAGGGACACCGGACAAGCCGAAUAAACUCAUUCUCAAGGAGAAGGACGUCCAACUCGCCAAGGCACGUCUGGAGCGCGCAUCUCACACCAUCAAGGAGGAACCGCUCACAUGGCGCACUUUCAUCAAGGUCGGUCGCAACUGGAAAUUUUGGGCCUUGCUGUGGGUGGAUAUCUUCUUUUGGAAUGCUUGUAUCAAUACUUCGUCCGGCGGCUAUCUGCUAUGGCUUAAAAGCCUGAAGCGAUUCUCCACAAGCCGACUCAACGAACUCGCUGCCAUUUCUCCAGCUCUGGGUAUCUUCUACACGCUGUUCGUGUGCUUCGCCUCGGAUUUGAUACUUGGACCCGCUUGGGCAAUCACUGUCUCUCAUCUUUGGAAUAUCAUCGGCCUUACAAUCCUGGUCAUCUGGAAAGUCCCCGAGUCAGCGCUCUGGUUCGCUUUCUUGACGACUUACUCCGCGGUCGCCAUGUCGAGUGUCUUGUACGGGUGGAUCAAUAGUCAGAUGCGCUAUUCGCCGGUAGAACGGUCUCUGACGCUUAUUAUUGUCAAUACUGUGGCGCAGUCAACGACUUGUUGGACGCCUUUGCUCGUGUUCAAGACAGUUGAGGGUCCUCGAUUUACGAAGGGGUACUCGUUUGUUCUUGCGAAUGCGAUCUGUCUGAUUGUGCUGUCGCAUAUUGUUCAAUUUUUCAUCAAAAGAGAGGAGUGA